AUGAUGCUGGAGAGUGUGGCCCACAUUGUGAAAGUCCAACUCCCCACCUACCCCAAGCGGCUCCUGGUGUCCAAGAGCAUCGCCGGAUUUGCCCGGCUGACGGUUUCAGAAUGGCUGCGGUUACAGCCAUUCCUGGGCAUACUUGCCCUGGUGAGCUAUCUUGCAGUCCAUCCCUUCCUUCCCAAGAAGAAGCAACAGAAAGACAGCUUGAUUAAUCUCAAGAUCCAGAAGGAAAACCCCAAAGUAGUGAACGAAAUCAACAUUGAGAAUCUGUGUCUCACUAAAGCAGCUUAUUGCAGGUGUUGGCGUUCUAAAUUGUUUCCUGCCUGUGAUGGCUCGCAUAAUAAACACAAUGAAUUGAUGGGAGACAAUGUGGAUCCACUAAUAUUGAAGAAGAAGGAGGUGAAAGAAUGGAAUUGA